AUGCUUAUUAGAUUAUUGAACGUCGAUGGAGAUGUUAACAACGACAUUUCAUUCGGAAUCUCGAUUCAACAAGGACUUACAAAGGGAUCCAUUCCGUCGGAUAUUCUCAUCUCCGAACUUUUGAAUCUUGGAUCACUGACACCGUCUUCCGUUCAGAAUCUUGAAUCGGAUGAACUGAAACUGUUGGUCACCGAUAUUCAGGAUCUACCGAACAAAUUUUCGAGUAAUCCGAAUAUCGAUCGAGUGGAAUCUCGAUUCUUGAUCUACGCGCAAAUUCUCGAAUGGACGAAAGGAAUCGGACAAAAUCUGAAUGUGGAGAAGCAAUCGGAAUAUCUGACAGCAGUUCAGGCAUUGGAAAAAGUGAAUUACGAUCCGAAUGAACUGAACAAAGCUGUGAAAUAUUUGAAGAAUUUUAUAACGCCACUGAUCUCUCUGGACGAUGACGGAAAGACUGAUGAAUACAAGACCUACAUGUCGUUGUUAACAUCUCCAUCGACGUUCAAUAAUCUAAUAAGCAUGGAUAGCUAUAAAUCGUCACUGCUGAAACAUGAAGUACUUGUGAAUGGAGAUGAAAUGUUUGGACGACUGAAACUAGUCAGUGAUGCUGUUGAAUUGUAUCAGAAGAGAACGGACGUCAUCAACUAUUCAUCGAAUGACAAUUCCUUUAUGAAACAAAUCGGAGAAUUCAUAAAUACACUCAACGAGUUGGCUCAGAGGAGUAAAUCCCUCUCUCCUGCCCUCCGAUCCCUCUAUCAACUGCUCGUUUCGAGUCAUCAUGUAUCUGGAAAUCGAGAAUUGACACUGACUUCUGGAUUACCGAAUGGAUACACUGAAAUGGAAUCAAUCUCCGCCGAUUUAAGUGAUCCGUGGAUACAAUCUGCUGUCGAUGGACAAUCGGAAGCUCUCUCGAAGACACUCGAACCAUUGCGAUCACUGAUUGAAGAACUGAAGAAUCUGGGUGGAUUGUUGACGUUGGAGGAUUCUGAUUCUACUCUUCUCUCGUCUGCAAUUGAUGAAACUGUCAAAUUGACUCAAUAUGUCGGUGUCUUCGAUGAGAAAUUCUCCAAAUCUUUUGAAUCGAUGAAAAUCACAUCAUCGAUGUCUGACAUGGAACCAUCAAAUAGAGUAUCCUUUAAUCCACUUCUAGACAACAUUCUUCUCCUUUCGAAACAUAUAAAUGCUCUUCAUAAAGUUGUGACUGCCGUGGAGACGUUGAAGAAGGACGAGGCGAAACAUAUGAAGAAUGUUCUGGAAAUUGCUGCAAAUCCGACACCUGACACUGCCUACUCCCAACUAGACAAACUGAGAGCAAGUCCUUCGUUCAAAUUCAUUGUCGAUCUGCUUCGUGGUGCCGAUGAAUCGAUUGGUAUCCUGACACCGGAUAAAUCGAAGAACGAUUUGAUCAUCACGGAGACCGCAAAGAAGAUCACUCCAGUUUUCGAUCAACUUGAGACGUAUUUGAAUGGAUUACCUCACUUCUUGACCCAAUUCGAUUCUCUCAGCAAAAUCAGUGGAAUCGAUAAACUUGGAGCAGCAGUGAGUACGAUUCAGAAGAUUCGGAAGACACAAUUCAGUGGUGGAAGUUUCGAGAACGUCGUCGCGAAGGUGGAGGAGGUGAAGACGUCGUUGGCGAGUCUCCAGAAUUCGAUUGCUGGAAUGAAGGGAAAAGAUGAGGAUUCCAAGUUGCUGAUGGAACUGAAUGAUGUGCUCAAAGACUCCCAAACAGUCGGAUCAGCGACUCGUGUAUUCAGAAGUAUGGAGAAGACUGAUAAGGAUCGAAUCGUUGUUUUGGAUCAAGUCACUGUAGGAUUGAUUCAGAAUAAGAUGAAGCAAAUGGAUUCAGAAGAUCAGAAGACGUUGAAAGAGCUUCUCGCAUUGGAUGCACAACUGGCAGUGGUGUAUGGACAAGUGGGCGGAGUCAAGAAGUCAGCGACGUCUUCUCCAACUUCUGAUCUAUCCUCCCUUCAUCCCAUCUUCUUGUUGGCGAAGAAUUCUCCUGGAACGUCUACAAACUUCUUAAAAAUCGGAAGAUCUGUUGUGAAUCUCUCCAAGGAUUCCACAUUGACUUCAGAUCAACAAAAAGCGAUUCUGGAGAUCAAGAAGAAGUUGGAGACGUUGGAUUCCUUUGGUUUAGACUUCACUCGUCAUCAUUCGGCUAUCGAUGAAUCCAAGAAGUCACUCGAGCAACUCGACGUCUUCUUCUCUUCUUUCAAGUCAAAAGUGACAGCGAUUCCAGUCAAACCAAGACAAUCGAUACCCGGGAAACAACCAGUUGCACCACCAUCCGAUUCGAAUGCACCAUCUGGAGCACUUGGAGGUGGCGGGGCAUCCAUCGGAAAAAAGAAAGAUGAAAAAUCAGAUGGAUUCUGGGAUAAAUAUGGAAUCUGGAUUAUCGUAGUUCCUCUUUUGGUUCUGAUUGGGUCGGCUUGCUUCAUCAUCUUCUGCCUUUAUCGGCGUCGAAUUCAGAAGCGGAAGCGGCUGGAAGUGGAAGCGAAGGAAAAAGAUGAGAGAGAAAAGUUGAUAAAAGCUCUUGAAGUUGUCAAUACUAAAGAGGAUGCGGAGGUCCAAAACACUCAAAUUUCUUAUCGAAUCGUCUUGCCCCCUGUCACACUGGAUAUCUGUCAAAAGUUCGUCCGAAAAACGUUCAAUGACAUUUUCGCCGAUUCAAAAGAACGACGCCGUACCAGAGAUAUAAUAAUUCAAGAGAAUUGCGAAACCGCGUUCCGGCCCGUCCACAAGGAUCGAAUGAAAUGGGGCGAUGCUCCAGAAGUCGACGGAGCGAUUCCAUGGACGAGAGGAGAGAUUCCAUUGCGUGCGAAAGGUCACUUUGGACUGUCGAGCUAUGAGAUGUUCGACGGGAAGCCGAAACCAGUCCUUCAUGCGAAUAUAUUGAAAUUGGAGAACGCCUUCGAGAUUUGUAUGAUGCAGAGUCCGCAAGCUGAAAAUUUGAAGAUCCCAAAGUACAGUACGAUUCUGCCGUUCUGGUUGGCUGUUCUUGAUAAGCAGUGCCAGUUCAUCGUGAUGUGGGAGGAUUUUGGAAAAGAUGACGUCAAUUGUGCACGAUACUUUCCGAUGGAGAGAGAUGAAGUGCUGACAUUUGAGAAGCUGAGUGUCAAGUGUGGAGAUGUUGUGGAACAUACGGAGAUGGAGUACACUGUUCGUACACUGACAAUCACUUAUCCAAACCGUCAAUCGAUCACACUACGCCACAUCUUCUUCGUUGGAUGGCCGGUGAACGGUGCGGUGCCCACAAGGACUGACGGAAUUCUAGAGAUUAUCCGGAUGAUUGAAUCAAGCACUUACCCUGUCUUCAUGCAUUGUGCCACUGGUAUUGGGCCAUGCACUGUCGUCCCUUUCGCCAUGUUGAAUCGCGAACGGAUUCUGAAAGAAGACGGAAAACUGCCGUUGUAUCAGACAUUUCCCGACUUGAGACUUGUUCGUGGUAAUGCGAUUUCGAAUAUUGAUGAGUUCGUAUUGGCGGUUUGUGUCACGUUCCGUCUCGUCUAUUCGGCAAUCGAUGAGACAAAGCUGGACAAGGAAACAAAAGAGUUUGGUGACAAACUCAACGCAGCUUACACAAGUGUAUUGGAGUAUCUGGCACGGGAGGUACAAGUCAAAAUAAACGAUAAGGAACAAGCGAAAAAGGAUGAAGAGUCAAGAAGACGUCGGGAGGUGGAGAAGGGGAAGAAAUCGGAGACGAAAUGA